GUCAGUUGUUCAAAACAAAAGCAAAGAUGUGUAUGUAUAUGGUCCCGGUGAAGUCACUGGAGACACAUUCUAAGGUGUUAAAGACAUGCUCAGAACUGUCCUGUGUAUUUUGUGACCUUGCUAUGGCGUUCUUAUACGUUUUUUUUUCAGAUCAUGCUGCUACGUGUUGUCAUUUCCCCUGAUAACAUCAGAAGAUUGGAUAUUUCAGAAGACCUCGAGUCUCUCGAACAAUUGAAGGGGAUUCUUACAGAAAGACUUCAACUCGAAGGCGACUUUUUAAUUCAGUUCGAGGACCCUGACUUUGGAAAUGAACUGUGUAAUUUGACAGACAUUAGAGAGCUUCCUCCAGAAAGAGCUGUAUUGAAGAUCCUGAAAUCCUUCAUCCCAACAGAAUCACCGGCUUCUACCUCUACCUUUUCUGGACUGGAUUCUGAUAGCAUGUCAUCUCCAUCCACCAGUGCAGCCCAGGGUUCGUCCGUACAGCUUAGGCGGCGUGAGAGUGCAGAGAACUGGCCAUCUCCAUUCCCAAUUCCAGUCUUUUCAUUUGAUGUUGCACUGAGGCUUUCUAACGGGGAUGCUUUGUUCAAGGAAAGUGGAGUACUUCUCACUGUACCAAGGGAAAUGAAAAUGGACAUCCUGGACAACCUAGCUCAGGCAAUGUUUUCCUACAAGGCCUACCCAAAGACUCAAGAAAUUGAAUCAGUUGCUGCUGCACUUAUUGAGAAACACCCAUCUCUUGCUGACCCAGGAGUUGGAACUGGAUUUCACAGCUGGGCCAUGAGCAUUAGAUAUAAGCUUGGCAACUACCGCCAAAAGCUACGGAUGGCAGGCUGUAAUGAAGUCCGGGUUAACCAAAGAAAAAAUGCAGAGGUGACCAGGUGUCUAAAGAAAGCCAGAAGGUGUGAAGUGAACUUUCUUCCAGACAAUCCUGAAGGGCAGACUGACGAAUCACAAGAGAGGGAAAGGAAAUUAAUACAGGAGGAAGUUCUGAAAAGACUUCCAAACAAGACCCUGAUCGAAUCGAAAAUGGAAGCUACUUUUUCCCUACGCAGGAAGGGUAUUGUGGAGGAAGAACCGCCUAUUGCUGAUGUGUUGGAGAAGUGGCCAGCAUUGUUUUUGGAAGAACAGAUAUAUGCUGAGUUUUUUAGAAUCACUCAAGUGGAUCUAAAGAAGACCUUCUUGACAUCUUUGGAUGCACACGCCUCAAACCUGAUAAAGCUUUAUAGAACACGUAGCGGGACACAAGGAAAGGACUUAAAGGCCCUCCUUGACAACCUUGAUGAACAGACAACCGAUGUGCUUGCACAAAGGAAGGCCACAGCUCUACGAGGUCUACCUCUCUAUUUGAGGGAGAAUCCAGGCAACGUCCUGAAGACAUGUCUGGAUACAGACUCGGAGGAAACGUCCGUUGCAGGUGUUCAACUUGGCAUAGUCACCAUUGUUGAAGAUGAUGUUGGGAGAGCUCACUCAAUGCCCAGAACAGUCAACAUUGCCCUUGUCAUCGAGGAAAAGGUCGUUGUGGAUAACAUCUCUGACAUCAGUACAGCCAUUGUACUUCUCUUUGGAUGCAUCUACAACCUCAACCUGGACUACCCCAAAGGAUUGAAGUACACUUUUGAGGCCCUUCAAAAGAUUUUUAUGAACCUUGGCACAGAGUGUUCUGCCCGUGUUCAGGCUCUGAAAAACAACUUGUUAAAGUAGCCCAAUACCAUGACACAAGUUCUUAAGUUCAGUGAUAACUACACAAGUUUGUGUAGUUUGUGUAUUUUUUUAUAAACCUCUGCACAGAUUGCUCUGCCUGUGUUCAGGCGCUGAAAAAAAACUUGUUAAAGAAGCCUGCCACCAUGAACACUUGCGCACAUAGACAUGUCACUUUAUUCCUCAAAAUAUGUUUUUAAGUUCAGUAGUAGCCACACAAAUCACAUGUUCCCAUUUGAAGUUAGUGUUUACUAACUGCUGGAUUUGUUUAUCUCUGCAACUAAACACGUUUGUGUCUUGUUACACGUUUUUAUGGAUGCGCUUUCUAUAGACAUGUCACUUUAUUCCUCAAAAUGUUUUUAAGUUCAGUAGUAGCUACACAAGUUUGUGUAGUGUUGCUACGAAUCCCAUGUUCCCAUUGGAAGUUAGUGUUUACUAAGUGCUGGAUUUGGUUAUCUACAUCUCCUAACAUGUUUGUGUCUUGUUACAUAUUUUUUUUAUGGAUGCACUUUCUUCACUGCUGGGUUUGGCCAGUGGUUUCCUCAAGUAUCUGACUAACACAUGUUUUGUGAUUCAUAGUGUCAUCAUACUGUUUUCUAUAUUAUAGCUAAAGUAUUGAGAGCUGGUUCUGCACUUUGUUAUGUGUUUACAUAUCUAUCUUUGAAAAUAAUUGUAUAAUGAUACCAAGUUCACUUAAGUAUCGCUGCUGCUGCAAUUUCAAUGUUGCCUUUUUUGUAGUUAUUGGAUGUAUAUAAUGUUAACCCCUGUGUUCUUAAUAAACAGAUUAUUUAUAGAA